AUGCACCCAACUGGGAACAUGGAUGCUGGUUUUUCUCGUUCUGCUGUUCAGACACUGUCAAGAAGCCACUGCAAAAACAUCAAACAAAAAAUUUCUCAGUGGGAAGGAAGAACUUAUGGUACACCUAAUGCAGAUAAGUGGCAUCCAAAGGACUUUGGAAUGAGAUAUAAUGAUCGCCACCAAAAGAUUCUUCCUAAGAAAAAUCCUGUUGCUGAGAGAGAGAGCAAAAAGGUGGAUGUAACCAGCUCUCAAAAUGUGGGUCUAAAUAUGAAUGAAGAUGCCAAAAGCCAUGAUCAAAGUGAGGGUGAAGGUGAGAAACAUGAAGAUGAUGAUACGCACUUCUUUAAAAAUGAAUCUGAAUCUAAUUGGGUAUGUUCUCGGGUCAAACAAAUUGAAAACUGGAAAGAAGCUGUUUUAGAUCCAGAGACUUCAUUACCUCCAGGAAAUUUCUAUACCUCACAAUUAUUGUGGAAGAAAAUAGAAGCACUUCCACCAGAUAAAGUCUUAAAUUUGGCUUUAGAACAUUGUGAAUCUUCAGAAAAAGAACUUAAUUUCAGAAUUCUGGAUAGUUCAUAUGGGAUAACCAAGAGCUUAGAAAAUAUUUACUCUGAACCUGAGGGGCAAGAAUGUGGACCUUCUGUAAAUCCUUUGCCAAAACCUCGUAGGACAUUCAGAUAUUUAUCUGAAUCUGGAGUUAUGCCAUAUAAAGAAAGAAACUGUGACAAAAAAUACUGUGAAAAUAAUUCUUGUGCAGAAUCUUCUUUGGCCUCUUCUCAGGAACCUGAACCAAAGAAAUAUGGUAGAAAAAUCAGAGGGAGAUCUAAAAGGAAAUCCUUUGAAUUUGAGGAUAUUCAGCACUUUCGAAAUCGGAACUCACAGAAGAUUCAUGAAGAACUUGGAAGAAAUUCUGGUUCAACGCUUUAUUACACACAGUCUGAGGACAAUAUCUAUGAGGAUAUCAUAUAUCCCACCAAAGAAAAUCCUUACGAAGAUAUUCCAGUGCAGCCUUUACCCAUGUGGAGAUCCCCUUCAGCAUGGAAGCUACCACCUCCUAAAAGUGCUUUCAAAGUGCCCAAGCUUCCUCCCAAACCUCAAUUCCUUCACCGGAAGACUAUGGAACUGAAGAACUCACAAGUUUAUUUACGGUCAAAGCUCCCGAAGGAUACCACUUUACCUGUCACUUUAACUGAAUGGAAGCUUUUCCGAGCUGGAGAAGUUGCAAACAGGAAAAGGAAAAAUCUUCCGAGGCUUGUAUUGAAAAUAGGUGACAUAUUUGAAUCUAAGAGAGGAAAGAAGAGGGUAAAGUUACACCCUUACACUGGAAAAGAAGUACCUUCCUCAAAAGGUGAAACCAGUGGGAACGAAAGUGAUGCUGAGUAUCUGCCAAAGAAUCGUCACAAGCGCUUAACACAACUGCAGCAGUCUUCAAAGAGGAAUCCUCACUACCAGACCUUGGAGCGGGAUCUUAUUGAAUUACAGGAGCAGCAGCUGUUUGAGCUUUUUGUGGUAGUGUCUCUACAGAAGAAAUCAUCAGGAAUAAGCUAUAUUCCCCAGAUCAUACAACAAUUCCCUAGCAAGGGCGAUCAUGGCUAUAAGCAAUCCAAAGACACUGAAGAGAGGCUCAAAGUUAUCCCAAAAUUUUGUUUUCCCGAUUCGAAGGACUGGGUACCAACCUCAGAACUCAAUAGUGAAACAUUCUCCUUCGUCUUGACUGGUGAAGAUGGGAGCCGGUGGUUUGGUUACUGUAAGAAGCUCUUGCCAGAAGGCAAAGGAAAGCGACUUCCUGAGGUAUACUGCAUGGUUAGUCGCCUAGGCUGCUUCAAUCUUUUUUCAAAGAUUCUGGAUGAAGUAGAGAAGAGAAGAGAAAUGUCUCCAGCCCUUGUUUACCCAUUCAUGCAAAGUGUCAUGGAAGCUCCUUUCCCAGCUCCUGGACGCACCAUCACAGUUAAGAGCUACCUCCCUGGGGCUGGAGAUGGGUCAAUUGAACUCUGCCGACCACUAGAUUCCCGGUUGGAACAUGUUGAUUUUGAAUGUCUCUUUAAGUGCCUCAGUGUGUGUCAUCUCAUUCGCGUCUGUGCCUCUCUCCUUUUGGAGCGAAGGGUAAUCUUUGUUGCCAAUAGCUUAAGCACCCUGUCCAAAUGUGGCCAUGCUGUGGUAGCCACACUGUAUCCAUUCACCUGGCAACAUACCUACAUCCCAGUCCUACCAGCAUCUAUGAUCGACAUUGUGUGCUCACCUACUCCGUUCCUUAUUGGAAUCCUGUCUUGCUCCUUAUCACAGCUCCAGGACCUACCCAUUGAAGAGGUGCUGAUAGUAGAUCUCUGUGCAGACAAGUUCUUACAGGAGGUAUCUGAUGAGGAUGAGAUUCUACCACCUAAACUUCAGGCUGCCCUGAUGCAGAUUUUGGAAGAAAGAAAUGAAAUUUUGGCUCAGGAGCAGAAUUUUUCACAAGAUGUGACACUCAACUCUCUGGUGUCUGAAGCGUUUGUCAGAUUUUUUGUGGAGCUGGUAGGACAUUAUUCUUUGAAUAUGACUGUCACUAAACAUGGGGAGCGUGUAUUCCUAAGGGAGCCAUUCCGUAAGUCCCACACCUCCCGAAGUGUACGCCACUUCCUGGAUCUCUUUAUGGAGACUCAGAUGUUUGCAGGAUUCGUCCAGGACCGAGAGCUUCGGAAAAGCGGGGUUAAAGGUUUGUUUGAGGUUCGGGCCCUCCAGUAUUUGGAAACAAUUCCUGAGUCUGAGCCCAGUGGGGUGAAUAGAAUUUUGCGGAGUCUUGGAAGUAAAAUGAAAUUUCUGCACAAGAAGUGAAAUCUUUGAUUGACUGUCUCCAUCCUAAAUAGAACAGAAAGUGCCAAAGGAAAUAUUUUCCCAAGGGUCAGGAUGCCUUGAAGUAUUCUACAAAAAUCCUUGAAUUUUUAAAAGGUUAAAGAGCCACUCAGGCUCUCAGAGGAGGAGUCUCCUGUUGCUGCUGUAUUAAUUACUGGAGAAUUGUUGGGAGUAGUCUGGAACCAGUGCUCUCUUUACUUUCUAUUUCUUUUACAGUGGCCUUUUCUAUUUGAUUCUUGGACUCAGUCUCUGUUUUUUGUGCUUAGUAUAUGAAGGCAGCUGUCUUUUACGAGGGAAAGGCCUGUUGGUGUUGCAUUUAUAAAACAGCUCAAAGAUGAGUGUAAUGAGAGAAAGGUUGAGUUUAAAGUACUAGACAGGCAUUAUAGAAGUAGAGAACACUAGCCUAACACACAUAAUUCUCAUCACUGAAAUAUCAUGGCAGCUUUAAACCCAUAAGCUGUUUGAGCUGGGCUAAGGAAUAUACUCAUCAUAUAUCUCCUUUUUUGUGUGUGUGGCUGGCCAGGAUGGGGAUCCGAACCCUUGACCUUGGUGUUAUCAGCACCAAGCUCUACCGAGUGAGCUAACAGGUCAGCCCCUCAUUUUUUUGUCUAAUGUUCUAUCUAGGGAAUCUCACUUAUGUGGAAGCUCUGUUUGCACUGUUAUUGAGUACCUUAUAAAAGUGACAUCUUGCAGCUCCUCCUCCACAUUGUGUGGCAUUAAAGUAGCUUGUCCCUCACGUGUCAACAUUAAGCUUUGCUGAAUCAUAGCUAAUAGGAAAAUGUCCUUUCAAGGGCAUGGGAACUACCUUUUUUUUUAGUGUCCACCAUGUGCCACGUACUGUGGUACAUGUAUGUAUGUUACCUUAUUGAAUACUUUAAGUCAACUUUAUGAGAUAUAUAUUUACAUCUCCAAUUUACUAAUGAAGAAACUGGAAUUCAAAGACGUUCAAUAACUUGCUGAAAGUUAUACAACAGAGACAAAACUGAAGCCAGGACUUUUAUGAAUACAGAGAAAGUUGGUUAGCCCUACAGAUGGAAAUUUGAAAUCUGUAGGAUUAUACCUAUUUUAAAAGUUUUCUAUUGUGUACCAGAGCUACCUCUCAGCUCUGAGGAAAAGAAACUUUAUAUAGGUGCCUACCUGAGAUUCUUUUUUUAUUCCCCUAGAAUUGUUGGAAUUUUUGCCCUAAUUGGACUCAGAAUAUGAACAUUUCCUGAGCAUACACCACUUAAUCAUCCAGAGCCUUAAUAUCUAAAGUAGUAGUACUGAUUGGAAAGAGGAAUUUGUCAGUGAUGGUGCAAUUUUCAUUGGUAAAUGUUAUAGCAAAUGUCAGUUUGUUUUCUCCUUCUCCUGCUAAUGGUUUUAACUGGCAUACAAAAUAUUCAAACUUACAAAAUCUUGUAAGUUGUAUUGUGAUACAAUUUAUUGACACUGUUGUCAUUACAACCCAUUCUGGUGUGCAUGAAUGAGUCUGAAGCAGACACCAUAUAAUAUUGGUGCUGUGUAAUAUAAUUCCUACAAAUGCGUGGUCCAGGGAACACAACUGAGCCUAUGUCUUUUUUUAAACACUGAUUAAGCAGCUAACCCCAAAGGGGCUCUUAUGAGACACCUCCCUAUUUUGUCUCUUGUUACACUCCAGUCCUGAGGGAACAAUUUGUAAUUGGGUGUUUUUAACAUGGUACCCCCAUGUUACCCCACUCUGGUGGAUCUUGGUUAUCCCCUGUGAGAAAACCUUUGCUUCAGGGAUGGGAAUCUUACUUUAUUCCUGCAAUCUGAAGCUGCUUCCUUUCCUUAGGUCUGUUGUAUUUUGUUUUUGUAAAGUAUUACGAAUUCUGGACAUGUCUGUAAAGGAAUUGCUGAAGAUUUGUAUGAAUGUUGUUUACAGAUCUUUUAAUGAAUAAACAUAAAAAUUCCACAAAUUUCUUGGA